AUGUCUUGGCGGGGGACUGAGAAUGCGGUGGUGACGCCGCCCCCUCCGAUUCCGUUCCAUACGGCACGCGCGCGACACACGGUACCGCCAGCUCUCUCGUUUGGCUUUGGGUGUAGCGGGACCUUGGCGGAAACAGGGCCUGCGGCCCCUCGGCCGGUGCCUGCCGCCGACUGGCAAUCGCGCUCGCUGAGCAAGCGACGCCGCAGCUCCUCGGAUGUGGACUUGGAUGACGAGCCAGAGCUGGAGGCCAUGGACGAGCAGCCGAAGCGCCGACGGCCGGUGCGCCCCGCACCCACCGAUGGCAGCCACCGGCGCGCCAACGGCGGCGACCUUGGCCGCUGGCUCGCGACACUGGAUCGGCCAGCGCUCCUUGGCAUGCUCCUGGAGCUUGCCAAAGAUCACUCGACCGCGGAGCGCAUGUAUACCCUGCUACCGACGCCCUCGGUGGACAAUGCCCUCGCAGCGCUGCACUCGCUGGAGACGCGCUUGCGCCAUAUGCUACCGACAGCUGCCACGCCGGGCCAGGUGCGCGAGCAGUAUGUGCUUAGCCGCGUGCGCACCUGCCUCCUUGAGCUCAGCUUUGAGCUGAUGCAGUACAUUCCCCUCUUCUCGCUGGCGCAGCGCAGCGACGCGCGGGCGCCGACGCAUCCGUCCACCACUUUCGCCUUCCUGCUGGGGGCAACGCAGUGCAUGCUGCGCAUCGCGCAUGUGCUGCCGUCCGACGACGUGCCCGGCAAGGUCCACCUCCACGACAGCCUUCUCACGACGUACUCGGCGAGCGCGCCGGCGAGCCGGGACGCUCGCGAUACCCUGGCGCAUGCCAUCUUCCCUGCGCUAUUGCGCGAAUGGACGUUCUGGCUGGUCACCAUCGAUGCCCAAGUGAAUCAGGAGGCGCGCAUCUACGGACAGGACCUCGUGCACACCUGGGCCCGCGGACUCGCGCAGCUUGGCUCCACAGCCGGCGCGAGCGGCGCGACAGAGACGGCGAUGCGCGUCGCCAUGGACCAGGCCGCUUCGCAAAUGCACUCGUCCAUCGGGUGGCUUGCGGGUCCCUCGCACCGGUCGGCAUGGCCUGCGGCCGGCGGCGCCCAUGCCAUGGACGAAGGCGAUGCGCUGUAA